UCUUCCUCUUGCGCUAGCUGCAUCAUCAUAAAAAAGAAAACUUGUCGUUCCGCGAAACCGACGAAUUAUUUUUGUGAAGUGAAAAUAACUUUGAAAAUUUUCCGUAAAAAAUGAUGCAACGAAUUACAUUGUUGCCCAAAAGGCUUAACAAUUUUGAAACUAUAAAAAAUAUAAAUCGAUUGGGAAUGGUAAAUGUAAAUGGCAUUCGCUAUGCAUCAAAUGCACCAAAAGAAUUAAAGAAAGAAAAAGAAGAUAAACCAUUUAUUCAACCGGAAAGAAGACCCUUGUAUUUGGAUGCACAAGCUACAACUCCAAUGGAUCCCCGUGUUUUGGAUGCAAUGCUACCCUACCUGACCCAUCAAUAUGGCAAUCCACAUUCUCGUAAUCAUUAUUAUGGUUGGGAAUCUGAGAAAGCUGUAGAAAUUGCACGCGAACAGAUUGCCAAUCUAAUUGGAGCCGAUCCCAGAGAAAUUAUAUUCACUUCAGGUGCAACUGAGUCGAAUAACAUCGCUAUUAAGGGUGUUGCAAGAUUUUAUGGUGAAAAGAAAAAUCAUGUAAUCACAACACAAACAGAACACAAGUGUGUAUUGGAUUCAUGUCGUGCUUUGGAAGCCGAAGGAUUCAACGUAACCUAUUUGCCGGUCAAAACAAAUGGAAUCAUCGACCUGAAAGACCUUGAAGAGGCAAUUACCCCACAGACAGCUUUGGUAUCUAUUAUGACUGUACACAAUGAAAUUGGUGUUCGACAACCCCUCACAGAUAUCAGUUCAAUUUGCAAGGCCAACAAAAUUCUAUUCCACACAGAUGCCGCUCAAGCUGUUGGCAAAAUUCCCAUUGAUGUCCACAAAGAAAACAUAAACUUAAUGUCGAUUUCGGGCCAUAAAAUUUAUGGUCCCAAAGGAAUCGGUGCAUUGUAUGUGGGUAGAAAGCCACGUGUACGUCUUGUACCAAUUCAAAGUGGUGGCGGACAAGAGCGUGGCUUGAGAAGUGGAACUGUACCAGCACCCUUAGCUGUUGGCAUGGGAGCUGCAUGUGAAAUUGCAAGGCAAGAAAUGCAACAUGACACGAAAUGGGUUGAAUUUUUAUCCAAGAGAUUAUUUGAUAAAAUAAUGCAAGGUUUGCCACAUGUCAUUCGAAAUGGUGAUCCUGAACACACAUAUCCAGGAUGUUUGAAUUUAUCAUUUGCCUAUGUUGAGGGUGAAUCUUUGUUGAUGGCUCUGAAAGAUGUUGCAUUGUCAAGUGGAUCAGCGUGUACAUCGGCUUCAUUGGAACCGUCAUAUGUACUGAGAGCAAUUGGAACAGAUGAUGAUUUGGCGCAUAGUUCAAUAAGAUUCGGUAUUGGAAGGUUUACAACACUUGAGGAAAUAGACUACACGGCCGAAAAAUGCAUAAAUCAAGUGAAGAAAUUACGUGAAAUGUCACCACUCUGGGAAAUGGUACAAGAAGGCAUUGACUUGAAGUCAAUUGUAUGGGCUCAGCACUAAAUUUGUUACACUCUUUAGUUCCUUUCCAUUUUUAUUACGAAUCAUACACACUAAAUGCUCCACCACAAAAAAAAAAAAAGAAGAUUAAAAGACAAUAGUCAACAGAAAAAAAAACAAAAAGAAUGAAUGAAUGAACCAUUUAAUUGACAAAACGAUAUAACGAAUGGCUUCGAAUAACAGAAUGUUUUGAUUACUGUGUAUUUUCUUUUUUUUA